AUAAGAGUGUGUCAGUCGUGAGUUUAUUUCGAAUCAGUUGUUGCCAAAAAGACUUUUAGACCACAAGUAAUUUUCAUCUUAAAUGCCUGAUAUAUUUGAAUCUUAUAAACUUUUAAUAGAAUGAUGAUUCUCGGUCUUCGUGUUAUUAAUAAAUUAUUAUUGAUUCUUAUAAUAAUUAUUUUAAUCUCGAUAUCUCAAAUAGUGUCUUUAGAAAAAUUUAUAAAAAAAAGAUCAUUAGCUAUUGCAAGUGACGAUCCGCAAUGGGAUUAUGGUAUUAUUCCGUACAAAAUAAAUUACACGGGUUUCGAUAGAAAUACGAGAAUAACGCUUGUGAAAGCUAUGAGAUAUUGGGAGAGGUAUGCGUGCAUACAAUUUAUUGAAUUAGACGCAAAUCCACAUCCUAGUUAUGUAUUGUUUACUUAUAAAGAGAAAAUGUGCCAAUCACCGAUUGGACGAUAUCAAAACGGAUGUCUAGAAAUAAAAUUGUGUAAUACUUGUAAAUUUCGGGGAAUCGUUCAUGAAUUAGGACAUAUCAUAGGUUUGAUCCACGAACACCAGCGUCCAGAUCGUGAUAAAUAUAUCAGAGUUAACGAAAAAAAUAUUCAACCCGGUUAUGAGCAUAAUUUUGUCACAAGGAAUAAUAACAACAGUCGUACUUUCGGUUUGCCUUACGACGUAAAUUCUCUGAUGCAUUAUACGAAAUAUGAAUUUGCAGUAAACGAGUCUCAGAGUAUAUUGACACCGUUGAAUAAAAUGGCCAGUGAAAGUCUGGAUGUAGGAGAAGCUACCAAACCGAGUAAAAUCGAUAUUGAGACAGUAAAUCGUCUUUAUAAUUGUCCAGAAUGUAGGAAAAUUCUACAAAGCUCACAUGGAAUUAUCGAAUCACCUUUAGUUUCAAAAGAUUUAUUUACAAGCAAAGAUUUUCAAUGUGAAUGGAGAAUCACGGUCGCUCAUGGUCAUCGUAUUGAGCUCAAGAUCACUUCAUUAGACAUUUAUCUAAACGUUAACUGUUCAAAUGAUUAUCUAGAAAUCACAGAUGGAUAUUGGGUGAAAAGUCCUCUUUUGGGUCGUUACUGUGGAAAUGAAAGUGAACCUUUACAUUUAUUUUCCACCGGCAAUCGUAUGCUAGUCAGGUACCGAAAAUAUGGUUACGAUCUCCACAAGGGUUUCGAUGCUCACUACCAAUCAGUUUGUAAUCACACUAUGUAUAUCAAUGAUGAACUGGUUUCUCUAGAGUCACCAAAUUAUCCUGAACCGUACGGACUCGAUGUAAAAUGCACUUGGCAUCUUGUCACAAAAAAAAAUUAUCAAAUAUUGAUGACAUUAAACUACUUCAAGCUUGAGCGUAGCAAAAAUUGUGUCUACGAUUCUUUACAAGUACGAGAUGGUGAUAAUAAUUCUUCCCCACUUAUCGGAAGUUAUUGCGGCGAAAUGGAUCCUUGGGAAAUUACGUCGACUGAUAAUAAUCUAUAUGUCACAUUUGUCAGUGACUCAUUCGAGCAAGAUAACGGAUUUUCAGCUUCAUUAAUUACGAAACCCAGUAUAAAUUCAAUACCCGAUUAAAAAGCUCUAUCUGAAAUUACCAAAAACGAGGCCAUACUAUAAUAUCUUUUGAAUGUUCCUUUCUACAGGCGUUCAAUAUUAUUAGUCCUUUUUAAUAGAAUCCUCUAAACAAAGACACAGGAUGAUACUGUAUGGAAUGUACUAUAUUAAAUAAAAAUUUAUUUUUAACUCAAAA